AUCAGAGGCUCCAUCGUCUGUUUCACCUCUCUAUCCACACACAGCAGUGGCAGGUGCUGAAGCUGAAGCUGGAGCUGGGAUGCACAAACUGGAUCGUGACUGCUGGAUUUGGUCACCUAGACCUCCUCUGUGUCUCCAUCCUCAGCACUCGGGGAGCUUUGUUUCAGUCAUGGCGAGCCACCGAGAAGAAAAGGAGGAAGAUGGAGAAACAAGAGAACUUCCUGCUGUGUGUUGCUACACGACAGGAUGUGAUGACGCUAUCAGUCAGGCUGCUGAUGCUCAGUGGUCCACCUACGAGCCUCCGGGUCACUCAGGGAUUCCCUGCAGCACAGCCCUGAGUCAGCAUGAUGCAGGUGCUUCUUUGCAGCAAAUAACAGUGAUUGAAGCUGACCAGGGGGACGCAGUCCAGCAUUUCAUGUGUGGUCAGUGCUGGGAAGGUGCAGGGAUGGAAACCCAAAGAUGUGCGUGCGUUUACAGGCAGAGGGAACUAGAAGGUCUGGGUCACUGCUCAUCAGGAUCUCCGUUUAUCUACUGUGGAGUGAGGACAAACGUCAUCAUUGGAGUGGAGGUUGUGGAGGAGGUUGCAGUUGAAGACACUCUGGAAGUAAUAACAGAGGACAUUUAUGCCGAUGAGUUGCUGGAUCCAGAUGCAUGCCAAGAUGACCCUCCAUACCCCACAUGAAACUAGAGUGCCUUUCAGUGAUUCUCAGUUUCACUGUAUGCUGUGUAAACAAAAUUUUAUUCACAGACAGGUGAGAAAUAAAAAAAAAAAAAUGCAGUUAUGUCUGGGCUGAAAAGCUACCUAUUGUUAAUUCUACAUAUUUUUGAAACCUAGGGAAUGAAUGCUAUUCUUCUAAGAUAUUCACUCAUUUGGUGUUAUGUGAUGACAGUAAAGAAUGCAGUCAAAAAUCUCCCAUACGUGUUUAUUUGGGUUAAAAUGUAAUGAUGCUGAAGGCUAACAUGACUGAAAUAAUCAACAGAGUAACACCUCACACUCUGAAUGAAUGUACUGACCUAGAAAACACAUCCCCAUCAGGAUAGAAAUACUUUCCUUAACC